AUGGCAAAACAGCCCAAGUUGAGCAUUAACGUUGUUAGAGAGAUUAGAGUCACUAUUGAGCAAGGAAAAGCUCAGCAUUUCGUACAUUACCAGACAGUCGAAGUGGCGGCAACCACCAAGACUCCGUCCCCUGUGACCGGAAAAGGUUCAAUGCCCAAGGUGUUGCGCGACAUCUUCGUCGCCAUCCGAGCCUGGUUUUUGAAAUUAAGGGGCUUGGCCAGGUUAAAACUAGUGUUUGAUGAGGAGAAGCAGGGCUUGCUUGAAGGCGGAUAGGAUUGAGGUGUUGUAAUUCUAUUGUAACUAAUAUGUACAUACCUCUUGGUUCGGUGCUGGGGAUUGUACAGCGCUUCGAUGUAGACGCAAACAGAUCCAUGAAACAUGAAUGUCGGUG